AUGAAUUAUAACUUACCUAAGACUGUUCCUUUAUUGCCAGGUCACUGCUUCCCUGACCACUUAAAGGAAAGCCAUCAUAAGACUUAAUAGUUCACCUUAGUCAAUAACGUUCAUUGCGAAAAAACUAAUUACAUCGAAGAAAAGAACGACCCCUAUCUUAUUGAUUCACUAAGAAUGGGCACUCCUCCUGAUUUGACAUAUGGAAAAAGAAAGGCUCCCAUAAAUGAUUAUAUCCCUCGUAUCCAACCUCCCUGGUUAAAAUAUGAUAGAUAAGUUCUUCGUUUUUAUUGCUAUUUCUAGGAAAGUGUUGUUGAAAAUCCUUAUGAAAAUUACCGUAUCCGUAAGUGUACUCUUUACUACUACUUAUCUGACGGUACUAUUCAUGUCAACGAACCUAAAAUAAUGAAUUCUGGUAUUGAAUAAGGUGUCUUUAUUAAGCGUCAAUAAAUUCCUAAAUAACUAAAUUCAACUGACUACUACACCUGGGAAGAUCUUAAUGUUGGAAUAAAUAUUAAUCUCUUUGAAAGAGUCUUUAGAAUUGUUGACUGUGAUUCUUUCACUAAAGAAUUCUUCGUUUAUAUGGGAAAGAAAAUGAAUUCACCUGAAAGAGUCCCUAAUGAUGCAUUUGAAGCUUAAAAAACUUUGAAGGACAUUAAAAUUCCUCCUCCUAACACUAAAGAAUAUAACGAGUACAAUGAAGUAAAGCUUGGAGGUGGACAUCCCAAUACUGGAUUACAAAAGUAUCUUGAAAAUGACAGAAAGGUUCUUUCUUUCAAUGUUCUUUGGAACGAUACAAGCUUAGAAGGUGGUCUCAAUUACUAUAUUCUAAACUAUUUCUUAGCUGACGACACCACUGAAAUUAAGGAAAUUAAGAGACACAAUAGUGGUAAAGAUGCUUUCCCAUUAUUUUUAUGCAGAAAGAAGUUACCUAAGGAACCCAUUAUGACUCAUUAUCCUGGUAUGACUUUGAAAAAGGAAGAAUACUACAGUCCCUCUGAUUUAGUUUGUGGAAAUAUGGUUAGAAUUUACAACAAAGAUUGUUUAAUCUUCAACUGCGAUGCUUACACAAAGGAAUGGUACUUACAAAAUAUGAACUUGCAACAAAUUCCUAUUACCCUCAAAAAGGAAGAUAUUAAACGUUUCUAUUAACCAGUUCCUCCAUAUAAUGGUUUUGGUAGUGAAGCUGAUUCUUUAGGAAGUGUUUACAAUCUCUAACCUAAAGCUCCUCGCAAAGACAUCAAUAAAAUGUAUACAUAAGAUCAAUAUAUUCUUCGUUUCGAAGGAAAGCUAAUUUCAUAGAACAAAGAAGACAACCAUAGAAAGUUCAUUAUUUCAUUCUUCUGUGGUGAUGACACUAUCAUGGUUUACGAAACUGCUGAUAAAAAUUCAGGUAUUUGGGGAGGUAAAUUCUUAGAAAGAAUGAAUCACAACAAUCCUAUCAAUAAUAAGCCUUACACUGAACUUGAUUUCUAAAUCGGUGAGAUUAUAUAACUCGGAGUUUAUCGCUUCUAAUUGCUCAGAGCUGAUGAAUAUACUCAUAAAUACAUGAAAUCUAAACCUGAAGUCUUUAAGGAGGCUGAUAUUGAGUAUACUCUUAAUCAUCUUAGAAAAUUCGCUACUAAAUACAAAUCUUACGAUGAAUUUAUGGUACUUCUAAUCAAAAAUAUUGAUCCUAACCGUAGAGGAGUUAUUGAUUUCAAUGAUUUCGUUGUUGGUUUAAGAAGACUUGGCUACAAUCUAACUUAUCAAGAAAUUUAUACACUCAUGCGUUAUUUCGAUCUUGACGAAAAUUGGAAACUUGAUGUUAAAUCUCUUUUCGUUGCCCUUGGUGGAAAACAAUGA